CGAGAGACGAGGAAGAACUGGCAUUGCCUUUCAAAUAAUCACAGUCGCCCGCCCACUGUCCGAUGCUGUUUGCAUCGAAAAUAUUGUCGAAUGCAUGAAAAAGAUCAUCUCUGCUGUUGUGAAAGCGCUUUGCGAGUAAGAUUCUCAGCACCAAACAGACGAGCGUGGCACUGAUACGUCUGAAGUUGUGAGCGAGAAGCUGCAACGUGAUGGAGGUUGAGAAUAAAGAAGGAACCGAGAGCCCUCUGCCCAAUGGCAGCACCCAUCCACCCAAACGUGGACGAGGCAGACCACGAGGGUCACUCAAUAAGAAGUUCACUACCGAGAAAGCACCGACACACAAUGCCAGGCCAUCUAAAAAGGUGGACUUCUUUUCUCCCGACAUAGUCAUAAAGACCAAGGUGAGGAAACGUGGUCGACCAAAGAAGAUAAAAAUGCCCGGCAGGCCGAGAAAGAUCCCACUCACGCCGGAGGAAGAAUCAGAGAGACUUCACAGGUUGAGUUUACAGCGCAAGCGGAGACUGUCAAAGCCGCUCGGAAGACCACGCAUUCAUCCCAUCGCCGAAGAUCCCAAGGUAAAAAGAGGUAGAGGAAGACCACGCAAGUACGGUGCCAAAUCUGGUUCGCAAAGUGGCAGAGCCAAACAAGCUGGCAUCGAAAUCAGCCUUGAUGCCGCCAACGGUUCUCCACGAAAGAGAGGGAGGCCAGCGGGCUCGUUGAAGAGGAAGAGGGGUCGUCCUGCAGGUUCUACCAAGGUUGCCAAGAUCGCCAGGGCCUCAGAUGGAACCCCAAAAAGGAGAGGCCGCCCUCCAGGCUCUCCCAACAAGGUGAAGAAGAUUCAGCAGGCUGACGGAUCUCCUCGCAAGAGGGGCCGUCCCCCAGGCUCUGGCACCAAACUGAAGGUCAUUCAACGAAACACCGACGGAACUCCUCGCAAGAGAGGCCGGCCUCCAGGUUCUGGCAAAAAGGUCAAGAUUGUCGAAAAGAAAGUCGGAGACACUCCCCGCAAGAGAGGCCGACCUCCAGGUACCGGAAAAGUCAAGGCACGUGCCGCAGAAGGUGGAGAGACGGGAGGUGAGAACGCCGAUGGCACCGCUCCUCGUCGUAAGAGAGGACGUCCAAGCAAAGUCAGACUCGCAGUCGUGCUCGAAAAACUCCCCACUGCAUCAGCGGAGGAAGACGAAGAGGAGACCGACGCACCCUCUCCCAAACAAUCCCGCACCUCUGAUGAUUCAUCGCAAAAUCCAAAUGAUGAUGAUGAAGACACCAGGGCGAGCGAGAACGAUGCAGACCCAGAAGACGAAGAAGAUGACGACGAUGACGCCAUUGAUUGUUCAAAAGUGAACAACACAAGCGAGAACGAGAUGGUGGGCAAAUUCAAAAAAAAGAAAUGAAGACAUAAGGGGCUUCAUUGAAAAUUGGUGGGUAUAUUUUUCGAAGGGUUUUAAUAGGCUAUGUCAAUAAUUUUUUGCAUUUUUUUUUUUUUAAUCUGACAAAGUGUGCUUUUGAUGUUGCCUGUC